AUGGAGUUCCCAACGGCGAACGUGGGAAAAAGGGCCUUUGUAAGUCUACAAUCCUCAGGACCGAACUCAAAUCUGGGCCGAUAUCGACUACAAGAUCCAAGUAAGGCUCCGGCAAUAUUCGCGCUGUUUCAAGACUGUCUCGCGUCCAGACAUAGCCAAUGUAUUCACAGUCAUUUGCCACAACAUUAG